AUGGACUCGAUAGACCCACAACUAUGUCUUGAGAGGUUUAAUACAAUUUACUCGAUAUGGGAUAAAGUGUUCAAGGAUAUCGAUGCAAUAAUCAUACUGACUGGAAAACCCAGCGAAGAUGAUGACGAAGACAUUAAUACCUUACCCGGAACAUUACAUUUAUGGAUCUUUAAGCUAAUCUUUCCGGAGACUCUCAUAGUAUUCUUCAAGGAUCGAAGAAUAGCAUUUUCGGCCAAGGGGAAAAAGAUGUUAAUAUUUCAGCGUUUGGCGAAUAAUGAGACAUUGACAGAAUCUUACAAGUUGUUAUUCCUUCCUCGUAACACGGAUGACUAUAAUGCGCAUGUGGUUGGGCAGAUCGUUCCUUUGCUGAAGGGUUGUGAGGUGGGUGGGGCGUUGAUGACAUGCCGUCGACCAAUGGGUCUGCAGGCGGAAAAGUACCUGGCGUUGUUGGGUCUUCCAUGUAGUCGGGAGGACUUGGAUGAGGAGGGCUACUGCAAGGACCGGCCUGAGGGGUUAGUAAAGUUGCGGUGGUUGGCAGUGGACGCCUCCUUCACCCGGAUCGGUUUUGAGUUGGAUGUUGUGGGCCAGAAAGACGCGACGAGUGCAGCAUUGGUUUCUGCACGGAUGGCCAAGGAGGUCAUCAUCCAUAGGAUUGUGGACAUCCUGGUGGAUGGGAAGAAGGUGACGCACGCGGCUGUGGCUAAUCUAGCCGAGGCGGCGUUAGAGGAUGAAGAGCGGAUGAGUAAAUGGCGGGCCAAAUAUAAGUUGAACCCGGAAGACAUUGAUAUCGUGUACAGUUCGUGCGAAUCGGGCCCGAAUCCGUACCGGCUGGAGUUCCAGACGACUACAGAUGAGAAUGAUCUACACUUGGACAAGGGCACCAUAUCGAUUGGUUUGGGUGCUAAAUAUUUCAGUGUGUGCGCAAACAUUUGUCGCACGAUAAUCCUUGACGGCGAUGAACAGACAUUGAAAAUGUACAGCAAUAUACUGAGCAUCCAGAAGCAUUUGCAGGGUUUAAUCAAACCGGGUAAGUCGUUUAACGCCGUGUUCGAGGAGUGUAUGAGCCACAUCAAGAGUAACUACCCGGAUAUCGCCGACUGCAUCGUUCCCAGUUUCGGAGGUGUCCUCGGUUGCAGACUGGAGACGGAGGGGUUUCAGUUCAAUGCGCAGAGCGCCGCGAACGUAUUGGCGAGAGGCAUGCCGGUUUCCUUUGGUGUCACGGUGAAGCGUUACAUGGGGAAGACGGACGCAUGGAUUUAUGACUCAGGCAUCGUCACAAGUGACGAGGGUCUGGCGGAGGCUGAUAUUAAGACGGGAGGUUGCCCGAAGUCGGUGGAGCAGGUGUCGUUCAACUUUGUGCAGCCGGAGAAGGCAAGCAAGGGGGAAAAGUCAGGCAAGGGAGAAAAGUCAGGCAAGGGCGAAAAGGCAGGCAAGGGCGAAAAGGCAGGCAAGGGUGAAAAGGCAAAGCCGGAAACUGGAUCCUCAGGUGACGAGGCGGAGCCAGUAAGAAGCAGUCGGAGUGAGACAGUGGCUACACGUGUGCGCACACGCAGACGGAUGGGUGGAGGAGGGCAGAAGAUGGAGGAAAUUGAGAAGUUGAUUGCGAAGCAACGUGAAUUACGGAGGCGUAAGCUGGCGGAACUUAAGGACCGUUUCCGGGAUUUAGAUAUAGGUGGUUUCGUGCAGGACCGGAAGUCGGUGAAGAAGUUGGACCAAUUUGUGUCAUACCGUGACAUGAGUGAGUUACCGAAAGAGGCGAGGCCGAACAAGAUCUUCAUCGAUACGAUACACGACACAGUGCUGAUUCCGUACAACAAUCACCAUGUGCCGUUCCACAUAUCAAUGAUACGGAACGUGAACCUGCAGGACGAUGAGAAGAACAAACAUGUGAUCCGUUUUUCGUUCUUUACGCCGACGGCAAAGAGCGCUGCACAGUGUAGUUGUGGGGCGGCCGAGCGCAAUGCGGAGGCGGCUGCGGGCGGGGCGUCUGUGACGCUGAAGCCCUGUACUUGUAAUAAUACUGCGCAAAACAAUAUCUUACCGGAGCUGAGUAGUGAGCACUUGUUUGUCAAGGAGUUGCUGAUCACAACAGUGGAUACGAAUGCGACUAUGUUGGUGAAGGCGAUAAAGGAGUUAAGCAAGAAGCAUAAAGACAAGAGCAACGACGACGUGGUCAUGUCAAGUAAUGGUAGUGUGAGCGGUCCGAAUAUGAUGUCGGUACCGCUUCUCAUGAAUCGUACGGGCCGUAGCAUUGUGCUCCGAUCGCUCUGCAUCAGACACUCAGGUGGCCACCAGCGCAAAACCAUGGGUCAGCUUGAGGCGCAUCUCAACGGAUUCCGAUACACGGCACCACGGAUGGAGGCAGUGGACAUUAUUUACCAUAACAUCAAGUAUUGCUUCUUCCAACCAAUAACCAACGAUAUUUUGUUAAUAAUCAUCCACUUGCAUCUGAAGCACCCAAUCAUAGUUAAUAAGAAGAAAAUAAAAGACAUCCAGUUCUAUUCAGACCAUGUUAUACAAGUAGACGACGUUAUUGACCGGUAUAAUGGUCGUCACCCGUUUUCCAGCCGGCAUCAUGCACAGCAUGAUCCGGAUGAGAUUCUCGAGGAACAGCGUGAAAUGGAAAAGAAGAAUAAAAUCAACAAGGAGUUCAAAGUCUUCCUGGAACAGACCAUGCAGUUGGUUCAAAAUGCCAAUAACCUUGCUGACAAUGGUGGCGACCAUGGUCUUCGUGGCGCUAGCGGUGGCGGACUUACUUCUCAAAGUGCUCUGCACGCAUUGGCCAAACAACCCAUCACCUUCAACGUUGAAGUACCCAACAAGAAGCUGUCCUUUUUGGGCGUUCCCCGCAACACAAGUGUUACACUCAUGCCAACACGGAACGCUCUCGUGCACCUCGUCGAGUGGCCCCCCUUUGUACUUCCUAUGGACGACGUGGAACUCGUCUCUUUCGAACGCGUCGUUCACGGCGUGCGCAACAUCGAUAUGGUAUUCGUAUUCAAAGACUACAACAAACCCGUCACCACCAUCUCAAACAUCCCAAUGGAGUCACUCGAUAUGCUCAAGGUUUGGCUCAAUGAUAUGGAUGUUGUUUGGUACGAAGGCAAAAACAACCUAACGUGGUCGAACAUUUUACGACAUAUCAAAAACAACAUACAAGACUUCCUCAACGACGGCGGCUUCAGAAGCUUCAUGGUCGAUGAAGUCACGGAACGCGGCCCCAAAGACGACCAAGCCGACCAACGCUCCGACUCAGACUCCGACGACGACUCAGACGACGACUCCGAUGACGACGAAGAUGGCGACGCUGAAGACUUCGCCGCGGACUCCGAAACUGGCAGCUCCGACGACGAGGAACUCGACAGCGACCCCGCCAGCGGCGACGACGACUCCGAAGACGACGAGGACGACGAAGACGACGACGAAGACGACUCCGAAGCAGAUGCAGACAUGGACAGCGAAGAUGAAGACGACGAAGAAGACGACGAUGAAGACGACGAUGAACUUCCAGCCAAACGACGACGGUCAGAGCCAGGAAACAACCCCAAAAAAGCCCGACGGUAG